ACUACCUACUAUUCAUUGCCACUUUAACUUUAACCUUUACUGCAACAGUAGAUCUAGAUCUAGAUCUAGUAUCAGAUUUGACCGAAGAAGACGUCGUGAGACUGAGGGAAGGGCUGACUGAUUAAUGACUUAUGAGUUAUAUGGGACAGGAUGACUUCACUUUCACUCUCGUCAAAGUCAAAGUGUGCUAGUGAUUCGUCGUCAGAAAGUAGUGAAGAAGACGAAGAAUCGCUCAAAAUCCAGGCUGCAGUAUGCGAUGAUAGCUUGCUUGAGUUGUUCAAACAGAAGAAUCAGAAUUAUGCUAAUCCAACAACUGGAAGCGCCAGUGCCAAAAGCAGGACUUUCAGUACUUCUGCUAACGGCACUGAUGGCCGUUCAACACAGACAAGUGUGCUCAGCAAGUUGUCCCUCAGAACCCAAAAUGGCAAUGGAACUGGUAUCCAGAAGCUGCACCUUCCAUCCAAUAGACCCAAGGACAGAAAUGAUGAGGAACUGGAUCAUGUAUUAAAGACCACUCCUGAGUUCAGAGCUCAUGUUGCCAAAAAGCUUUCUGAAGUGUUAGAGAUGCAACUGGCGGACUCUGUCUCUGACACUGUGUGGGUUUACACCAAAGCUGGACAUGCAAAACCUACAGGAAUAAAGCUUUUUUCUGAUUCUACAAGGUUAAGCAUGGGUGAAGACACACCACCGCCUGCUCCCCCACUUUCCCACAAAGUGUCACCUGCUGUACCACGUAAACACAGGCUAAGCACAAGUUCAUCAGAAAGCUCGGAUGACGACAAGAUCAAGGCGUGCGUGUUUUCAGUCGAUGACAUCCGACAAGAAAAUGAACUGCUGACUCGGGCUUCUCUUCAAGGUGUGGAGGAAAAGACUUCUAUGGUGCCUGCCCCAUCAUCUCAGACAGAUUCUUUUAAUAGCCCAAAGAAUGCUCCAGAAACAGAAGUAGUCCCGGAGAGCUCUAAAAAAAAGAAAAAGAAGAAGCUGAAGAAAAAACGUUUAAAAGAGGAAAAGAAGAUAAAGUGAAAUUUGUUGACAA